UUGUUUCGUCGGUAUGUCCUCGGAAUAGCGUUAUUCCGACGACAUACCGACGAUUUUUUCCCUCAGUAUCCCGAUGUUUUCUUGUAGUGUUCUUAACUUGGACAAUUCUGAGAAACAUCGGGAUCAGCAAUUUAUUCUUCUUAAUGUGAACAAAUCUGAGAAAUAUCGGGACGUUCUUCGAAUGGCGUAGGCUUGUAGCAGGAGAAGAGCAGAUCAUUUGAACAUGCAAUUUUUCCACACUGCAUUCAUCAUUCUAUUAAUUAUACCAUUUAAGGUUUUACAUUGUAGAUAGCAAAAAAUCUACAUUUAGUCCAAAACAAAAAUUUAUAUAUAGUUCAAUUAUUUUGUUCUUUUCUAAAAAAGCAUGAAAUCUGCAUGCAAAUCUCAUCCAUUAUAUAUUUGGUGUUGCUUGUGGGAGAUCUACAAAUAUUUAAUUUUAAAUGCAUUUAUCUAUUUUUAUAAAUAAAAUAAAUGCAUUUAUCUAUUUUUAUAAAUACAAUAAUUUUAUUCUAUUUUACUUACAAUUUUAACAAUAUAAAAAUAUCAUUGAUUUAUAUAUUUAUCUUUCUAUUUUUGUUAUAUAAUUUUACAUUUAUUUAAAUUAUUAUAUUUUUAUAAUGUGUACUUAAUUAUUAUAUGUAUUAGCAAAAUAUAUUAAUAUAAUUUAAAUAUGUAUACUACUGAAAGAAAUAUAUAUAUUUUUCAUUAAAUUUUAACAUUUUCAUAUAUUGAUUUUAAAAUUACAGUAACAUGGUUUUAGUUCAAGAUUUAUUGUUGUUUAUGUAUUAUAUACUAUAUUAUGUGUUGUGAUAUAUUUUAUUGUAAAUUUUAUUAUUUAAAAAUAUAAUUUAUUUUAUUUGAACUAUUUUUAUCAUUCAAAAUUAUAAUAACAGUUUAGUCCGUUUGAUAUAUGAUCUGUUUGAUCUGCAGUUCUUUUGCAUAAUUCGUUUGAUAUGUUUUUGUUCCGCUUAUUCUUGAUUUGUUUGAUAUGCAGAACUAUUUUUAUCGUUCGAUCGGAACUUUAGCUUCAGUACAAAAGAUUGAAAUCUCGUUAUUGCUAGGUCUCUUUAACAAAACUUUUGGUCUUACGUGUAACACUUACAUGCAUGCACUUGUCAGUGACCCCUAUGGAAAACAAUCCACGUUUUUUAAAAAGAUAGUAUAGCAAUUACGAUUUAAAAAAUAAUUAUUCUAGAUAUUCAUCCCUUCAAAAGCAAUAAUAAUAAAUACUCUCUCUGUAAAAUGUCCCUUUUUAUUUUUUUUGGUCUAAAUGUCCCUUUUUAUUUGUUAAAAAUGACCCUUUAUAUAUAGCAUGGUCUUAUCCCAGUUCAUACACAGCCAUUGACAAGCAACUAAGCAAGGAACAACUUCUUAUACAAGGACAGAUCAUGGACCAGCCUCACGCGGUUCUAGUCGCUAGCCCUGGCUUAGGCCACCUCAUCCCUAUCCUCGAACUAGGCAACCGUCUCUCCUCCGUCCUCAAGAUUCACGUCACCAUUCUCGCCGUAACCUCCGGUUCCUCCCCAAUAGAAACAGAGGCCAUACGUGCAGCCGUGGCGAGAGGGACAUGCGAAGUUAGGGAACUACCCUCAAUUGAUAUAGACCACUCCCCAGAUGCGACGGUACCUACAAAAAUCAUAGAGAUGAUGCGAGCAACAAAGACAAAGACGGCGGUUCAAGACGCCGUGAAAUCAAUGAAUCGGAAACCGACGGUCAUGAUCGUAGACAUUUUUGGUACCGGCCUGAUGUCCAUUGCUGAUGAUAUUGGCGUGAACGCUACGUACGUGUACGUCCCUUCCCACGCGUGGUUCUUGGCUGUAGUAGUGUACACGCCGGUAUUGGAUAGAGUCGUGGAAGGGGAAUAUACUGAUAUCAAAGAGCCUAUGAAAAUACCAGGUUGUAGACCGGUUGGACCGGACGAGCUUAUGGAAACAAUGUUAGACCGGUCAAACCCACAGUACCGAGAGUGUAUGCGGUGUUGCAUGGAGAUACCUAUGAGCCAUGGCGUUUUGGUAAAUACUUGGGAGGAGUUACAAGGAAACACACUAUCUGCCCUUACGGAGGAUGGAGAAUUGAGCCGGGUUAUGAAAGCACCGGUUUAUGGUAUUGGGCCUAUUGUUAGGUCUAGUGGGCCUACUGAAAAGGCCGAUAACAUACUUGAGUGGUUGGACAAGCAACCGGAUAAGUCAGUGGUGUUUGUGUGUUUAGGAAGUGGUGGUACACUGUCCUUAGAGCAAACUAUGGAACUCGCUUACGGUUUAGAUUUAAGUGGUCAAAGGUUUCUAUGGGUUCUGCGUAGGCCCACUUCUUACCUUGGGGCGAGCUCGACUGAUGAUGAUCAGGUAAGUGCCGGUCUACCAGAAGGUUUCUUGGACCGCACGCGUGGUAUGGGUCUUGUUGUCACGCAAUGGGCACCGCAAGUUGAGAUUUUGAGCCAUGGAUCGAUCGGUGGGUUCUUGUCUCAUUGUGGGUGGAGCUCCGUGUUAGAGAGCUUGACUAAAGGAGUUCCAAUCGUGGCUUGGCCUCUUUAUGCGGAGCAAUGGAUGAAUGCCACGUUGCUAACGGAGGACAUCGGUGUGGCCGUUCGUACGUCGGAGUUACCAUCAAAGAGAGUGAUUGGCCGAGAAGAAGUGGCGACUUUGGUGAGAAAGAUUAUGGUGGAAGAGGAUGAAGAAGGACAGAAGGUAAGGGCUAAAGCUGAGGAGGUGAGGGCUAGCUCCGAGCGAGCUUGGGCUCAAGGUGGGUCUUCUUAUCGUUCUCUCUUCGAAUGGGCAAAACAAUGUCGCCUGGUGUCGUGAUUCGAAAAUGAUAUUGCGAUUGUCUAUUAUAAGUUUACAAAUUUGUGUUGUUGCUUUUUUCGUUGUUGUUUAUUUAUUUAUUUGGAGUAUUGUUUUUGUUCGGAAGUUGUUUUUUCAGUCCAACGUAAAUUUUAUA